GGCUUCCUGCUCAGAGCUGGGGGCUGGGCUGUGGGCAGGCAGGACAGGGCCCGGAGCUGGUUGAGGAAGGAGCUAAUAAUCGAUGGGCCUUGGCGGUGUCAGCGCAGCAGCACUGGGCCUGCCUCUCGCCGCCAGGCCCGGGCGCAGGGAGGAAGUGGGGCAGGAAGCCGGGGGCGGUAGUGCGCCAUGCAGUCAGCCGGGCUGUGGGCGGCCGCCGCCUGCCCGGUCGGCAGAGAUAGCCUGGCGGGCCAGCCAGCGAGGAGCCGGGAGCAGCCACCUGGGGCCUGCGGCCAGGCGGCCUGGGAGCUGCCUCUGAGGAGUGGGAUGCAGGGGCCCGCUGGGCAUGCCGAGCCCUUGGCGCCGAGGCCACUGACGGUCAUGGAGGGCCCAGCCCAGGUGGCUGCUGUGGAGCCGGCCCCGAUGAGGACGGGGCCUGCAGGGCCCUCGGGAGGCAGUGACAGUGGUGACAAGGUCCAGAGAGUGGCCAUGAGCUUGUCGGUCAGCUGGGAGCGAGCAGGGCCUGAGGAGGCCGAGGCCCCCAUCAGAGGCGAAGGCGCUCCUCAUCCCGGCAUCUCUCCGACGGCUGCCAGGACCCCUCCUGGCCGGAUGGGAGCAUACCCCACAGACCUGACCUUGCAGCUGCUGGCCGUGCGGAGGAAGAGCGGGCUGCCCGACCCCAGCCUGCAGCAGACCCUGCGGGGCCGGCUCCGCCUGCUGGAGAAUGACAGCCGGGAGGUGGCCCGCGUCCUUGGGGAGCUAUCGGCCAGGCUGCUGUCUAUCCACAGUGACCAGGAUCGGAUUGUGGUGACAUUUAAGACUUUCGAAGAAAUCUGGAAGUUUUCCACCUACCAUGCUCUCGGCUUCACCCAUCACUGCCUGGAAAACUUGCUGGUGGACCAGGCCUUCUGGCUGCUCUCGCCCACUGAGGACGAGGAGACAGCCGUCCAGGUCCACGUGGACGAGGCGGCCCUGAAGCUGACGCACGAGAGCCUGCUCCUGCAGGACGGGCCUUUCUUUGUCCUGUGUCCUGACCGCCACGUGAGAGCGACAACUGGCCCCUGGGGUACAGGGAGGGGCCCUCAGCCCCUCAGGCGGACUUCGGGGGCUCUGCAGGGAGAGGCCGUCCCGGCAGUGGGCUCGUCAGCCGCCAGCCCCAGCACGUCCUCCGAGGAGGCAGCAGCCACGGCCACUCCGGAAACUUUGAUUCCAUUUCAUCAGUGGGCUCUUAGGGUCCCCUGGGACCCCAUCGAUGACUCCUUGGGUGGACCUGUGGCGCCGGACGCCCAGCUGAUGGCCACGGGCCUGGCCUCGGCGGUCACUGACUGCCAGGGCUCAGGGCCUGAAGAGAUGACCUUCCAAGGCGGUGACCUCAUCGAGAUCCUCGGCGCCCAGGUGCCUGGCCUGCCUUGGUGUGUGGGCCGGCACGUGGCCUCGGGCCAGGUCGGGUUUGUGCGGACGAGUCUCAUCAGCGUGCAGGGCCAAGUGUCUGAGUUGGAAGAUGCGAUUUUUCUCAAUGAGGAAGAAAGGUCAUUCUUCAACAACGAAGGGCACUUUUCAGAGGAGGACGCCAGGCAGUUGCUGGGCAAGACGUCCAGCACGGACGUGUGCACUGUGUACAGCUUGGACCAAUUAGAAGAAGCUGAGUUUGAGCAGCCAGAAGAACACGAAAUGCCUCUGCCUUGCCUCACCCCGGAGCCACGUGAGACCCUGCAGAAGGUGAAGAUUGUUCUAGAACAGUGCAAGUCCUGCCAGGGCCGCCCCAAGGAGCCAGAGUCCUGGGGUCUCCACACGGCAUCCAGUGGUUCAAGCUCACCGGAUGCCAAGGAGCCCUCCUUCCACCUGGACGCGGGGGACGACUGGGCCGACGUGGAGGCGCUAAGCUCGCUGUUGCUGUUCCUGGACACGCCCGGGUACAAGGCCUGCUUCCGUGGCCUGUACGACCUCUCCCUGCCCGGCUUGAGCAGCAUGUUCUGUGCCUUCUCCGACGAGGAGGAGCUGGCGGGGCACCUGGCACAGGCCCGGGCGGCAGCCAAGAAGGCCGGCCUCCCCAUGGCCCUCGCCAGGCUCUGCUUCCUCCUGGGGCGGCUGUGCCUGCGGAAGCUCAAGCUGUCCCAGGCCCGCGUCUACUUGGAGGAAGCCCUGGGGGCCCUGGGGGGCCGCUUCAGCGACCUCUUCCUGGUGGCGGCCGUGUACGUCAACCUGGCCACUGUCCACCUGAAGCAGAAGAACAGGGAGAAGUGUGCACAGCUGGUGCCCAAGGCGUCGGCCCUGCUCCUGGGCACGCCUGGCCUGCCCUGCAGCACCGAGGCCGAGGCCGCGCUCCUGAGGCACGCUCUGCGCAGGGCCAUCAGCGGCCGCAGCCCGCAGGCCGAGGCCCGGGCCUGCUUCCUGCUGGCCAGGCACCAUGCCCGCCUCAAGCAGCCCGAGGAGGCCCUGCCCUUCCUGGAGAGGCUGCUGCUCUUGCACGGGGCCCUGGGGUCCCCCGAUGCCUCCUGGCCCACGGCCUGCUCCCUGCUCCUGGCGGACACCUACGGCCGGAAGUGCCUGCCACACCUGGCGCUGGGCUGCGUGCAGGCGGCCACGCUGCAGGCCCGGGGCUCGCUGGGCAGCUGGCUCCGGAGCGUGGACCUUGUCCUGCGGAACAGCCCCCAGCUCCUACGGCCCCCCGCCCAGAUUGCCCACUACCUCAGGCGGGCGCUGGCCUUGGGCACGGGGCAUGCGCUGCAUGGCCCUCUCUGCGCCAGCCUGGCCCAGCUGCACAGCCACCACGGGCAGCACGGCAGGGCCAUCUCCCUCAUGACACGGGCUGCAGAAGCUGACGCUGAGGCCGGUGGCCACGUGGUCGUGGACCACCUGGUGGCCCUCGCCUGGUUGCACGUGCUCCACGGGCAGAGCCUGGUGGCCCUGGACAUCCUGGAGUCUGUCCUGGAUGCGGGGGUGGCCAGCGAGGACCAGCAGGGUGUGAUUGCCAACAUGGCGGCCAUCGCCCUGCAGAGGACGGGCAGGACCCGGCAGGCAGCCGAGGCCUACUACCGCGCCCUGCGCGUUGCCCGCCGCCAGGGCCACCUGCGGAACCAGGCGGUGGUCUUGGCCAACUUCGGGGCGCUGUGCCUGCAGGCUGGUGCCAGCGGGCUGGCCCAGCACUACCUCCAGGAGGCCGCGAAGCUCUUCUCGCGGCUGCCAAGCAGGGAGUGUGGCCACGACUUCAGCCGGGUGCUCCUGCAGCUGGGCCACCUGUGCACCCGCACCUGUGGGGCCCGUGCCCACCAGGGCAGGUGUUUCUACGAGUGGGCCUUUCUGGUCGCCAUGGAGACGGACCACGUGGAGAGCCAGCUGCGUGCGGUCCAGCGGCUGUGUCACUUCUACAGCACGGUCAUGCCCAGCGAGGCCCAGUGCAUCAUCUACCUCGAGUUCCAGCUCUCGCUGGCCCGCAGGGUGGCCAACAAGGUGCUGGAGGGGCAGCUCCUGGAGACCAUCAGCCAGCUCUACCUCUCCCUGGGGACUGAGCGGGCCUACAGAUCCGCCCUGGACUACACCAAACGCAGCCUGGGGAUAUUCAUCGACCUGCAGAAGAAGGAGAAGGAGGCGCACGCCUGGCUGCAGGCCGGAAAGAUCUACUAUCUCCUCCAGCAGGACGAGCUGGUGGAGCUGUACAUCCAGGUGGCACAGAACGCUGCCCUGUACACGGGGGACCCCAACCUGGGGCUGGAGCUGUUCGAGGCGGCCGGAGACAUCUUCUUCAAUGGGAGCCGGGAGCGGGAGAAAGCCGUGUCCUUCUACCGGGACCAGGCACUGCCCCUGGCUGUGACCACAGGGAACCAGGAGGCAGAGCUGCGGCUGUGCAACAAGCUGGUGGCGCUGCUGGCAGAACUGGAGGCGCCUGAGGAGGGCCUGGAGUUCGCCCACGUGGCCCUGGCACUCAGCAUCACCCUGGGGGACCGGCUGAACGAGCGAGUGGCCUACCACCGGCUGGCCGCCCUGCACCACCGGCUGGGCCAUGGCGAGCUGGCUGAGCACUUCUACCUCAAGGCCCUGUCGCUCUGCAGCUCGCCGCUGGAGUUCGAGGAAGAGACCCUGUAUUACGUGAAGGUGUACCUGGUGCUUGGGGACAUCAUCCUCUACGACCUGAAGGACCCGCUCGACGCGGCCGGAUACUACCAGCUGGCGCUGGCGGCGGCCGUGGACCUGGGCAACAAGAAGGCCCAGAUGGAGAUCUACUCGCGCCUGGCCACCGUCUACCACAACUCCCUGCGGGACCGCGAGAAGUCCCUCCUCUUCUACCAGAAGGCCCGCACCUUCGCCGCUGAGCUCAGCGUCCGCAGGGUCAACACGGCCCCCCAGCGGGGCUGCGGGCGGGUGCCCUGGCUGGUCCCUGGUCCCCCGCCCUGAGGCCCGUCUAGGGGGGUUCUCCCCCGGCCCGCUGUCUCUGGGCGGCUCACUCUCUGGGAAGUGGAGGCGCGAGGUGGGGGUCAAACAGCAAUAAACGAUGCAGUAACCUCUUGACGUCUGCAGGGCCCCUUCCCUGGCCUGCCUCCCGGGGACAGUUGAGGGACCAGGGACCAGCCCUGUCCCCAGGCACCCGCCCCGCUGCUGGUCCUCAGGCCUGAGCCAGAAGGCUGUGAGUUCAGCAGACCCAGUGUGGCCUCGGGCAGGUCACUCCCCUCAGCGUCCAGUCUCUUGCCUGGCAGCGGGAGUCAGUCGUGGGGUUCCCUGGGCAUCUUCUCCCUUCCCCGAGCCCUCGCCAUGUGUCCAGCACUGGGCUCUGCCUUCCAUCCUCAAACCGCCCUGCGAGGUCAGGACUGUUUCAUCCCUGUUUAUGGCUGAAGAAACGGAGGCACAGAGAGGUUAGGUGCCUUGCCCAGGGUCACACAGCAGGUAGGUAGGGGCAGAGUUCCUGGGUCUAGUGUGGUAACCGCCAUACCACUCUGCCAGCCUGCCUGGAGGGACAUGGCCCCAUUAACACGCAAGGGCGGGUCCUGGAAGAAGGUCCCCCUGUCACUGUCCUGUCCCUCUCCACCCCUUGUGUGUGUCAAGAAAGCCACAGAGACAGGGGAAGGUGGCCCAAGUGUUCCCGCACUGGAGCGUCCUGGGGCCCAGCCUGGCCAGCCCCACCUGCAGCCCCCGGUCAGCCCUCAGGAAGAGUGGUGGCGGGGCCUCUAGCCCCAUGUGGAGUCCGCUGCUGAGUGUGUUUGAGCCUCGUCUGGGCCGCGCCCCCAGCCCUCCCGCCCCCUCCCUCCCCGCUCCCAGCAACCAGCCAAGGGCCAGAAUCCCAGCCCUUCCGAGGUUGAAACCAGCGCCCUCCCCGAUUCACAGCCGGGAAACCGAGGCUCAGAGAGGCCGUGGGCAUCCUGCGUGGUUCUCCCCCUCGGCCCUGCUCCGAGCUCCUCGUCUUUGAUUUAUUUUGCUGAUGAAGUGAGACUCACGUGACAUAAAACUAACCGUUUGAAGCGAA